UCCACAUCAACUAAAAGCGUUUAGCACAUUCAAUCUAACCCUCGAACAUGGACUCCUCUCGAUCAACAUCACUGGCUGCGGCCGGCGAUACUCACCCGAAAAUCGGAUGGAUAGGUCUCGGAUCCAUGGGACUCGCUAUGGCUUCCAAUCUACAAAAUCAUUUAUCACGGAUUGGCGCCCCUCCCCUUCGCUUUUACAAUCGCACGGAGACUCGGGGCCAACCAAUCCUCGAUAUCGGAGGAAUACACUGCGCCAGUAUUGAAGACUUAAUUAUCGAUGUCGAUAUCUGCUUCAUCGCGGUAAGCGAUGACGCCGCGGUCACUUCCAUCAUAAACUCUAUCUUGGCAGCAGACCCGCUUCAUGAGAAGAUUAUUGCUGAUACAUCGACCGUUCAUCCGGACAUAUCUUCUUGGGCUCGACGAGAGCUUGCGCUAAAGGGUGCUGAAUUUGUAGCGGCACCAGUAUUUGGCGCAAGCCCCGUCGCAAGAGAAGGCCGUCUGUUGUUCGUCAUCGCUGGUGCAGAUGAGGCCGUCAGGGCUAUUGAGCCUUUUCUGGAGGGUGUGAUGGCGCGAAAGACAUUGCACCUAGGAGCGGAUGUUACGAAAGCCAGCCUGCUAAAAACUACAGGGAAUUUCUUGACUGCUGGUAUGAUGGAGCUUGUUGCAGAAGCACAGGUCUUUGCGGAGAAGACUGGACUAGGAAGCGACGUACUGGAGUCUUUAAUCCAGGAACAGUACGGUUCACUUCCGUUCUCCAUGUCGAAGCGAAUGACCGAGGGAUCUUAUCUUCCUAAACUGGGAGAACGGCCAUGGUCUGACCUACAGCUUGCGCUUAAGGAUGUGGGCUUAGGGGCUAGUUGUGCUGAAAGGGUGGGGGCAAAUUUGCCAAUCGCCAAUCUUGUUCUGAAACACCUUGGAGAGGCUCGUCAAUACGGACAAGCAACCCAGCGUGCUUUGGACUCCUCCUCAAUGUAUGGGGUACUGCGGCAGCAUGCAGGACUUGACUUUGAAUCCGAUCUGGUAAAGGAGAGGGAUAGUAGCUCGAAUAUAAACUAAAUAAAUAUUCCAAUAUCUUGGUUGAUAUCAUCGAUAGACUGCAUAGAAUGCCAAACAGUUCGUCUUCGCAUAACAUUUUUAGCUUGCUCCAGCUGUCGUCUUAUAUGCUCAAGAGUCAUCAUAGGAAGACAUGGUAAGACCGAAACGUGC